AUGGAUAGGGACAUCGUGGAGCGGGUGGUGUCGGAGAUUUUGGAAGCUCCCGCGUCCGUCGCGUGGGACGACAUCGCGGGUCUUAAACACGCCAAGGCGGCGGUGCAGGAGCUCGCGGUGUGGCCUCUGAUGAAACCCGAGUUGUUCCGCGGGGCACGAGCGGUGCCGCGCGGGCUGCUGCUCUUCGGACCGCCCGGAACCGGUAAGACGCUCAUCGGCAGAGCCGUCGCGUCACAGUGCGGGGCGACUUUUUUUUCGAUUAGCGCGUCUUCCCUGACGUCGAAGUGGAUCGGCGAGGGGGAGAAGAUGGUCCGGGCGCUGUUCGCGGUGGCGCGGUGUUGCGAGCCCGCGGUGAUAUUCGUCGACGAGAUCGACUCGCUGCUGAGCGCUCGCAAGUCCGACGGCGAGCACGAGUCGAGCCGGCGGAUGAAGACGGAAUUUUUGGUGCAGAUGGACGGGCUGGGCGGGGGGGACGACGGGAGGCUGCUCUUGGUCGGCGCGACCAACCGGCCGCAGGAGCUCGACGACGGCGCCCGAAGGCGGCUCGCGAAGCAGCUCUACAUCCCGCUCCCGUGCGCGGACGCCAGGAGGGCGAUCGUGGUGAACAUCCUGGACGCGGACGCGUCGGUGACGCAUCGUUUGUCGGACGCCGACUUGAACGUCAUCUGCGAAAAAACCGACGGGUACUCGGGAUCGGACAUGAAACACCUGGUGCAGGAAGCGGCGAGGGCGCCGCUUCGGGAGCUGUUCCAGAGCGUCGCCGCGGGCGGCGGCGGCGCGGGAGGCGUUACAGGAGGCGUGACGCCGUCGGCGAUGCGGCCGAUUCGGCUCGUCGACUUUAAGAGGGCGAGCAAGCAGGUGCGUCCCAGCGUGACCAGGGCGGACAUCGACUUUCACGAGGAGUGGAACCGGGCGCACGGCGCCAUGUCGCUGGGCACCGGUGCCGACGGCGACGGCGACGACGACAGUGGAGACGACUGGGGGUGA